ACUCAAGGUACAGUUUGGGUUCUAUGAUUGGUGUCACCUUACCAACUCGGGAACUAUAAAACGAUCAAUAGACGAAAAUGAUAUCACUGAGGUUAUCUAUAUGCCCUUCAAUGGCGUUAACCCGGAUGAGCCUCUUGGCGAUCUGCGUUACAAAUGGUGCGCCUACUCUGACACUGUUAUCCUUCGAACCUGUAAGCGGUUUAACAUCUUGCACGAUGAAGAGCUCUUCUGCCAUCCGCGUCACAAAUUCCACCUCAUUGAUCCUAUAAUGGGUCCAGACAUCCAAGAAAUGAUUAGCACACCUGAGAAGACGCCAAUUGUGCUAAGUAGUGCCUUCCGUGUACUGAAGAGACAACUGAUUCACAACAACAAUCAGACGCAAUACACACCAUGGGCAGUGAACAGCUUUGCUCCACAUCCAUCACCCUCAAGAACUCUCCGGUUCUCUGUCGAGACAGGAUCUUUCCUAAACAACUUCUCCAAUUCUAUGCGCUCCAUCUUGGAGGUACUGAUGCAACUGAUCAAGAAUGAAACGCAGGAUCGAUUAAAUUUUGGUCUGAAUCUUUGCCUCCGCAUUCAAUUUACUGGUGGCACUCGGGGUGGCAAACUUAGAGGCGUGGGAUGCCUCAAUCCGCGAGAAAACUUGACGGACCGCCUUCUGGCCCAUAUUACUCUUGCCUCUUUGGUGCGACCGGGACCGAAUUCUGACUGGGUUACCAUCGCUGCCAACCUAACUCGUCACAGUCUUGAUAACAUUCCCAGGAGUCUUGUGAGUUGGAAGACAGAAUGGCAUGAUGUGAGGGUGAGCGUUCUUUCCUUCAAAGCCUUGGUUAGCGUUUUAUUUUUUUGA